UGCUAGUAUUAGUGUGGUGCAUAUAACAUGUUAUAUGUACGACUUUUGGGUCCAGCACUUUGGGAUUACGUCCUAAGUAAUAAACAAAAGAAUAAUUACGAACCGCCUUAUGUAAUUUCAAGUUUGUGUCAAUGAUCAUAAAGUUUGUGCCACUUUUUAAAAAAAAAAAAAACUAGCGGCUAGCUCCAUGUAGUUUGAAAAAAAAAUAUGUAUGAAAGUUUGUGUGAUAUUAAUUCAUCUUUAGUAUAUAUAUAGUUUACCUAAACGAGCGUCCCAUUAUGAAUACGACAUGUUUUAGUUUCUGCCAGUCAUGAGCAAAAUAUACCAAAACGAUUUGAUAUCGUAUGUUUUCAAAAGUACAGUAUGGAUGAUGAUUAUGAUUUAUGAAUUGAUAUAUGGAUAUUACACUCCCAAUCUCGAAAAUCUGUGGUAGAACCUAAGAAAACAAAUUGUUUUUAUGAGAAUUUCUUCUUUUUAUAACUAAAUUCUAAAAUUAAGUGAUGAUCCAUUUGAAAAUGAAGACCGAACUCAACAAAUAUCUUAUUUAUUUAUUUUGCCAGUCAUGAGAAAACUAAAUUCUUUAUAAUAUAGCAAGAUCCUGUUGACAUUUUUCGUAUCUUAAAUAAUAUAAAUCCACAUUGAUCUUUUCAGAAGUAGUAUUAUAUACAAGUGUAGGUGUUCAUCAACUAUUUAAUUACGAUAAAUAGUAAUUAUUUAUUUUAAAUAUAUAUAUCUAUAUAUAAACUUUGCGCGCGGGAGUUUCACCAAGCGCAUUCAAAGUUUUAGUCCACCGGAAAAAAAAAACACAAUCUCGUCGUCUUUCUCCCUUUGCCGACGAUGGGUUGCAUUUGCUUUAAACCUUGGCGUCGCUCUCCAUCUCGGACGAUUAAACCAACCAUCAUCGACGAACUAGAUAAUAACGAUCCUGAUGACGUAAGCUCAUGUCCGAAUUUCAGAGAGUUCAGUUUGGAACAGCUGAGAGUCGCUACAGACGGAUUCUCAGCCGGCAACAUCGUGUCGGAGCACAACGAGAAGGUUCCUAACAUCGUCUACAAAGGGAGGCUCAAAAACGGCAGAAAGAUAGCCGUUAAACGGUUUCAGAGGCUUUCUUGGCCUGAUUCUUCCAAGUUUAUCGAAGCAGCACAAGCAGUGGGGAGGUGUAGGAGUGAGUAUAUGGCCAAUUUGAUCGGUUAUUGCUCAAAGGGUCACGAGAGGCUUCUCGUUGCUGAGUACAUGCCCAAUGGAACACUUGCAAAACACCUCUUCCACUGGGAGAAACGACCAAUGAAAUGGGAAAUGAGGUUGGAGGUUGCCUUACAUAUUGCGAGAGCCUUGGAGUACUGCAGUUCUAGGGGAAUAGACUUGUACCAUGAUCUUAACACCUACAGAAUAUUAUUUGAUAAGGUUGGGAAUCCAAGGCUGUCUUGCUUCGGUCUCAUUAAGAGUAGCAAAGAGGGGAGGAGCUACAGCACAAACUUGGCAUUUGCUCCUCCUGAAUAUAUGCGUCUAGGUACUUUGCUACCAGAGAGUGUCAUAUUCAGUUUUGGGACUUUGUUAUUGGAUCUUAUGAGUGGCAGACAUAUUCCACCAAAUCAUGCACUUGAUAUGUUCCGUGGCAAAAACUAUUUGGUGCUAAUGGAUUCAGCUCUGGAUGGCCAGUACUCUGAUGAGGACAGGACAGAACUAAUCCACCUAGCUACCCGCUGUUUGCGUUUUGAGCCAGACGAGAGGCCAAGCAUAAAGUUUCUUACGUUGGCUCUUUCAAGACUUGAGAAACGAGUUGUGUUAUGUCCAAACGUCAAAGUGGAAAAAAUCCCUGUAAGUCAUUCAUUACCGUACACUAAACCUGCAAGAAGGAAGAAGCUAUUGCGCUUGACACCUUUUGGAGAAGCAUGCUGGAGAGUGAAUCUAAGUGUCAUACACGAACUGCUAGAGAAGCUUGGAUAUGGAGAGGAUGUUGUUGUGGUCACAAAUGAGUUCUCAUUCGAAAUGUGGACGGGUCGAAUGCAAGAGAAUACAGAUUACAAGAAGCAUGGAGAUGCAGCAUUUCGUGCUAAGGAUUUUGAAACCGCAAUAGAAUUCUAUACAGAGUUCAUGAGUGGAGCAACAGUGGUAUCACCAACAGUUUUGACCAGACGGUGUCUAUGUUACCUAAUGAGCGAGAUGUUCAGUGAGGCUCUAACCGAUGCGAUGCAAGCUGAGCUUGCAUCGCCAGAGUAUUCAACUGCUCUCUACUUACAAGCGGCUUGUCUCUUAAAGCUUGGGAUGGUGGCUGAAGCUAAAGAAGCACUUAGACAUGGCUCUUCUCUCGAAUCUUUUUAGAUUUACAACAAAACCAAGAUUUGUACAGCUUAAACCAAAGAUUAGUACCAUCAAAA